AUGGCCCACGGCGUGCGCCGCUCCCACCAGCCCUGGACCUUCAGUGUCUUCGAGAAGCGACUGAAACGUCCGGUACAAACCUUGCCUAUAUCUUACGCAGGGCCAGAGGACCCCGCGCUGAAGGAAUGCCGUGAAGCCCGCUGGGCAUACGAGGAAGCGUUGCGCUGGGACCUGGCUGCUGACGGGCAUUACCCCACACCGUUAUCAGACGUGUGCAGUGCCUUCACCCGGCUGUACGGAAGGAGAAAACCAAUCCAUUAUUUCUUCAAGUACAGCGACACCCGCAGCACCGCACGUGGUCGCAAGUGA